AUGGAAUUCAAUAAUUUAAGAAAUUGGGUNAUUUCACUAGCUCGUAUUGAUUUUGAGCCCUACGGCCUCAACCCUCCCCACACCCACCCUCGUGCAACUGAAGUCCUUACAGUCUUGGAGGGCACCCUCUAUGUCGGCUUUGUCCUUUCUAAUCCAGCACCAGGAAUGAAGAACAAGCUCUUCACAAAAGUUCUUAAAGAGGGCGAUGUUUUUGUAUUCCCACAAGGUCUCAUUCAUUUCCAGUUCAACAUUGGACAUUCAAAAGCCAUUGCUUUUGCUGGCUUGAGUAGUCAAAAUCCAGGAGUCAUCACUAUUGCCAACGCUGUUUUCGGAUCUGAUCCACCAAUAAGUCCAAAUGUUUUGACUAAAGCAUUCCAAGUGGACAAGAAUGUGAUUAACUACCUCCAAUCACAAUUCUGGUACAACAACAACUAAUCAUCCAAACGUAUAUUAGGAUGGAUAGAUUUUCCUUCGUAAUACAUAUUCUUAUUACUACGUACUUUUUGUAGUAUUAAUUUUAUAAACCGCCUCUUUCUGACGUUCUCAUGCAUGUUAUUGAUUGAAUCGAUACUUAAACACAUAUGUUGUAUCUUUUUUUAUAUUUACUUGGAAUGGAUUUUAAUGAAAUAAACUGAUUGGCUUA